AUGCUUCAGGCAUGGGCUGGUGAUGAAUCGAGUGUUUCGAGGCCAGUCAGUCUUAAGCGAACAUUAUACAAAUCCUUUAUUAACAAAUUUACAGUUGAGAAGAGCAUAAAAGAAGUACAGACUACUGCUCAAAAGACAAAUACAGCAAUUGAAAUCCUAGAUAGUGAUCGACGGCGCGAGAAAGUAAUUGCGAAGCUGCCGUAUGCAAAGGAUUCCUUAGGGUUAUUUGAUGAAGGCCUGAUCAAAGAUGCCAUCCGAAAACCAGAAUCGACUUGCGCCGUCAAAUCGGAGCAUGGGCCGAGAAUGGACAAGGAAAGUCGAUAUUCUUGCUGA